UUCAUAGGCUGCCGAAAGAAGGUUGGGAAACUUGACAUUGUCUUAGGAUUCUCCCCAGCAAAGAAUAAAAAGCGGGGGGAAAKAAUAGACAGGGAAGAGGAGGGAGGSAAACUUGCUUACGGUGGGAAACUUGAUGGAUUUCUGCCCUGCCGACAGCAGCGCGGUGUGAGCAGCCCCUGGCCGGCUGGAUGGAUGAUGGGAAUCUCACCAUGAGGCAGAUAGCUGAUCAGCUUCCCUGGAUUUCGCUGACGCCACAGGAAAGCUUUGCCUGAAGAUGGAAACACUGGAGUCAGAACUGACCUGCCCUAUCUGUCUGGAGCUGUUUGAAGACCCGCUGCUGCUGCCUUGCGCUCACAGCCUCUGCUUCAGCUGYGCGCACCGCAUCCUGGUCUCCCACUGCGCCACCAACGAGCCGGUGGAGUCUAUCACCGCCUUCCAGUGCCCGACCUGCCGCUAUGUCAUCACCCUCAGCCAGCGCGGUCUAGACGGGCUCAAGCGCAACGUCACCCUGCAGAACAUCAUCGACAGGUUUCAGAAAGCCUCCGUCAGUGGGCCCAAUUCCCCCAGCGAGACCCGCCGGGAGCGGGCRUUCGAUAACAACAGCAUGUCGUCCUGCGAGAAGGUGCUGUGCCAGUUCUGCGACCAGGACCCUGCCCAGGAGGCGGUGAAAACCUGCGUUACCUGCGAGGUGUCCUACUGCGAGGAGUGCCUGAAAGCCACUCACCCCAAUAAGAAGCCAUUCACYGGCCACCGGCUCAUCGAGCCCAUCCCGGACUCUCACAUCAGGGGAUUAAUGUGCUUGGAGCAUGAGGAUGAGAAAGUUAACAUGUACUGCGUGACUGACGACCAGUUAAUCUGUGCCUUGUGUAAACUGGUUGGGCGACACCGUGACCAUCARGUGGCAGCUUUAAGUGACCGCUAUGACAAGCUAAAGCAAAAUUUGGAGAGUAACCUCACCAACCUUAUCAAGAGGAAUACUGAACUGGAAACUCUUCUGGCAAAACUCAUUCAGACCUGUCAACAUGUAGAAGUAAAUGCAUCCCGCCAAGAAACCAAGCUGAUGGAAGAAUGUGAUCAACUCAUUGAAAUAAUCCAGCAGAGACGACAAAUAAUCGGAACCAAAAUCAAGGAGGGAAAGGUGGUGAGGUUGAGAAAACUGGCUCAGCAGAUUGCAAACUGCAAACAGUGCAUCGAGCGCUCGACGUCCCUCAUCUCUCAGGCUGAGCAGUCGCUGAAGGAGAAUGAUCACGCUCGCUUCCUGCAAACAGCUAAAAAUAUCACUGAAAGGGUUUCCAUGGCAACUGCAUCCUCCCAGGUUCUAAUUCCUGAAAUUAAUCUCAACGAUACUUUUGAUACUUUCGCACUUGAUUUUACCAGGGAGAAGAAAUUGUUGGAAUGUCUCGAUUACCUUACAGCUCCCAACCCACCCACCAUUCGAGAAGAGCUCUGUACAGCUUCUUAUGAUACCAUUACUGUGCACUGGACAUCAGAUGAUGAGUUCAGUGUGGUCUCUUACGAGCURCAGUACACCAUCUUCACUGGACAAGCCAACGUUGUUAGUUUAUGCAACUCAGCCGACAGCUGGAUGAUUGUUCCUAAUAUCAAACAAAACCACUACACGGUGCACGGCUUACAGAGUGGCACCAAGUACAUCUUCAUCGUUAAGGCCAUCAAUCAGGCUGGCAGCAGGAGCAGCGAGCCUGGCAAGCUCAAGACAAACAGUCAGCCAUUUAAACUGGACCCCAAAUCUGCUCAUAGAAAAUUGAAAGUGUCUCACGAUAACUUGACAGUGGAGCGGGAUGAAACGUCAUCCAAAAAGAGCCACACACCAGAGCGAUUCACGAGCCAAGGGAGCUACGGAGUCGCUGGCAACGUGUUCAUCGACAGCGGGCGGCAUUACUGGGAAGUGGUUAUAAGCGGGAGYACGUGGUAUGCUAUUGGUAUUUCCUACAAGUCAGCACCGAAGCACGAAUGGAUUGGGAAGAAUUCUGCCUCCUGGGUGCUUUGCCGCUGCAAUAACUCGUGGGUGGUGCGACACAACAGCAAAGAGAUCCCCAUCGAGCCCGCGCCCCACCUCCGGCGCGUCGGRAUUUUGCUGGACUACGACAAUGGUUCCCUUGCCUUUUAUGACGCUUUGAACUCCCUACACCUUUACACUUUUGACAUUACGUUUGGCCAGCCGGUGUGCCCCACGUUCACGGUGUGGAACAAAUGUUUGACCAUUAUAACUGGCUUGCCUAUCCCUGACCACCUAGACUCCUCUGAGCAGCUGGCGUGACCGCCCAAAGCCAAAGGUAGGGCGACACAUCUUCCCAGGGCGGCCAGGCGGCAUCCCAGACAGAACUGCCAAAUCUGGGCAAAACUGGCAAGGAGAGAACCUCUCUUUCUGUGUAUUUUGUACUGAAGGACAAGAAGUGGCUUUAAUAAUAUUCUUAGGACUUCCUUUUUCAGCUGGUUUUGUUUGCUUGGUUUUGUAUUUCAUCUCUUACAGGAGAAUUUAUAAAUUAUUUAUAAAAUUGGAAAAAAAAAAAAAGAAAGUGAAAGCCUAGUUUGGACACCUGGGAAAUCAAUUUUUGGUUUUUGGGUUUUUGUUUUGGUUUUUUUUGCACAUCGGUUGUCCUGUUAAUUGAAGUUUCAUCAGCCUUUUGCAAAAUUUUAUUUUGCAGUGGAUAAAAAUARUACAUUGGAAGGAUGAAAACUGCACAGUGGACAAGUCAGUAUACUGCAGGUUUUAUUUGUGCCAACAUUAGUGGUCUCAUUACCAGCCUUGUCGAGUGYGAGAUCUCCCAAUUUCUACUUUGCACGUAGGGGUGUGAAGACCAAAAGAGCAAAAAUAAGCAAGAGAGGAAGUGGAGCUCUCCAACACAGCAAAAAUAAAAAGUUAAAUUUACUUCUGUUCACAGGGCAGUGCUCUCUCAGUUCAUAAAAAACAUGUGGAAUAUCUCCUAGAAAUGUGAGUGGAUAAAUGAUCUGGUGAUUUAUUUUAUUGAUGGCAAUAUUCCCAUCUACCAGUGCUUCGUUUUCGUCUUUGGGAAAUGUUACAGAAUCACUGAGGAUGUGGAAGACUGAUACCAUCUCUGAGAAUCAGCAACACUGGAGGAGAACAGCCAAUCCAAGGUCUGACUGUAGACUAAUUUGAUAAAGCUCAGCAUCAUUUAAGGAUUGAUUAUAAUAGAAGAUGUCACAGUUCUGAUGGUAGACAUGUGAAUGCUCAUUGCUGAUUUUCCAAGGUUCAACACAGCGAGCCCAGCCAACAGCUCGGAAGUGAGACAUGCGCCACUUCACCAUUGGUUUUAAAUUAAACACAAAUGUUUCAUUGUCAUACACUGUGUGGUGUCUAUAACAAAGCAAGGAAAUCUGUUUUACACGUGCUGUACGGAGAAACACUGCAGCUGGAGUUUGCUUACAGUUACCAUUGUCCCAGGUUGUUUUGGAAAGCACAGUCCACUUUGUGAAUCAGGGCUAAAGAGCAAGCUCUCAGCAGCAGAAAUCUGCAYGGGGAGACCCAAUGUUCAUACUGAUGUUGGUAUGAACUGAAGAACUUCAGUGCAGGCAAUAGAGGUUGUAUGUAAUUUAUCUCAGAGCUGAACCAGGUGCAUUUUUUUCUCUUUACAGAUAGAAGCUUUUUGUAAUUAUUGCAAUKCUUAUGUAUAAAUGAUCAUUUUGGGAGAUACUAGAGGCAUAUGACAACUUUAAAGGAAUGGUUUUCUUAGUGUUUUGUUGUUACUAUGCAAGUGGUGAAAAUCUGCCUGUGUAGAGAAAGGAUAAAUUGAAUAUCAGCUUUAAAGAUUUGCUCAGUAAUUUAUGACCAUGCUUUAGGUGUCUUUUGAAAAAGAUGCCUUAAUGCACUUUGUUCACUAAUGGGCCCAAAAUAAAAUGGUCCCAAGCUCAGCUUCAGAUUUUUAAAAUACUGAUUAUCCAGGUACAAAGCUGUACUACAGUUUGCCUUAUGAUUAUAUCAAAAAGUUGUGAACAAGAUGAGGAGAGUAUGUACAUGCCCAUUUGGGUUUUUUUCUUUUUUUAAAAAACAGAAAAUAAAUAACUUUCCAUGUUUCUUUGAUUUCCCUUUACAAGCCCUGCUAAGUGCUGAAUUAAAUUGAGAAAAAUCUGACGGUACAUUGCUGGUACCAUGGCUUUCAGGUGAGCAACAUCCYAUAGUUCACAGGUAGGAGCCACUGACCUUCCCCAAGUAGUCAUAAAAAGGCAAAGUGUGGACAUGUAGUGAACCUCAGUGUUUAUCAUAGUGUCUUUAAUAAUCAAGAAAUUUGUACCCUCAAAAAUUAAAAAGGAAAUAAGUCCCCAAGCAUUACAUUUUAAAAUUGAGUACAAUGCUACUGAUAAAAUCUGAUAUACAAUGCCCAGAUGAUCUGSCCUGGGAUAUUAGGGAAGUAGCUGAGAUGGUAUGAACAUUUUGAAAAUGAGUUGACUGAAGAUGACGUAUGCAAAGCAGUGAUAAAAGAAUGCGUGAAGAAAGGACUUUUAAUCUAGUAUUGUUGCCAAGAUUCUGCCUAAAAGGAAAGAGUCAGUUACCAAAGUACAUGUAGCAAGGCUGUGUAUCUUCUCUUUUGCCAGAAAUAUUAAAUCUAGAAGCUGAUUUCAGUAGUGGAUAAACUAAAAACACUGCUCAGUGUUUGGUUAUACAAUGUUGGCAGAGAUUGAGCUGGAAGGAACUAAUACCAUGAAUUUGUAGAGGUCCCAAAUGAUUUCACUUAUUUUCAUUGUAAAGAUAGAGCAUGAGUCUAAAGACAGAUCAUGGUUUUGGCCAAUGGAAAAAGGAUGGUCUGUUAUCUACAGACCUUGCUGUAUCAUCUUUAUUUUUACACAGAAUACUUCAUUUGGAGCUAAGCCACAUUUCUCCAGUGCCCUAUUAACUCAGUGCUCUUUGUGCAUACGUGUUUGGGUACAUAUGUACACAUAUGUAUGGGCAUACACACACCAGAAUGUGCACAAAUACACAAAUACAGUGUGUAAUUUGUGUAUAUACAUACAUAUGUGUAUAYACAUACAAGGUGACAACAAUUAGUCAGGUGCUCCUUUUUUGCUUGUUUCUUGAACAAUUUCCURUUCUGUAUGACAAUGAGGAAACAAGUCUGCUAUGAAUGGUGUUCUUCUGGACAUUUUUUAACAAAAAAAAAUCUGUUUAUUUUACAAUACUUGAUUCAAUGCCUGAUUAAUCAAUAAAAACUUCCAUUUGAAAAUGUAGCUUCUCUGGUCUGUGGCAUUUUGCAUGGUCCAUAGUAAUYAAUUGAAAUCUGGGGGAACAAGUAAUCCUUGUAUAAAAAUAAAACAUGGUACUUUAAUGUAGCAUGCAGUCUUAGAAGAUUAUUUUUCCCUUUUUUUUCUUUUUUUUUAAACUAUUGUGACUAGGAAUGAGGUAGCAUUGUAUAAUGGUGUGUUGAACAAACACAGAUUUUUGAGGAAUAAUCUGCUGAGAUGCAAGCAAUGAAUGUGGUAGAUAAAGUCUGUGUUGGUAUAGUGAUUGCUUCAACAGUGUAUUUAAAACCCAAUUUGGGAUUCAGCAGAAGUAGAGCAAACAAUAGCACAAUCUCUUUAGAAGAUAGUAACAGCUCAGAGUAGUCUUAAGCUUGAGGUAAUGGAAGGGUGGGGGACUGUUUUGCUCUAAGACCAGAAAAGAUUUUCCAUGUGUUUGACUUUCAUGUGUUAAUGCACAUCUAAUAGRGAAAAAAAUCAUUCUGGAAUCAGCUCUAUGUCAUAAAUUAUUYAGUAGACUGUCUCCAGUCUACUGUAUUUUCCCAUUGUUGGCUUUCAGAGAGCAAUAAAGUUGCUGCAUUUUCUGCCAUUAGUUUAUUUCUGUCAGUUUUGAGUAUCCCAUUUUUCAAUUGCUCAGCAAAGAGACUCCCAAUGAGCAGAGGCCAAAGAGUAGGAAGCAUAAAAAUCACUCAGGUCACACUGUGAAAAGCAGGAAAUCUACAAGUACAGGUGAAAACAUGAACAUGGUGCUGUUUAGGCCACUAAACAGCAGUGAGCAUCAUCUGUUUUUGUUCUGUGUCUUAAUUGCAAACACUAUAUUCUUUACAUGUUAAAAAACGCAACAGGACACUGUUGAGAGCACAAAUUAUAAUGUCAGCUCAUUAACCAGUUCAUUUUGAGAUGGCCAGCAUUUAURCCACCAUGAAGGACUGUGGGAGAUUCCAUUAAAAUAUUAAUAUCCAACACAGUAUGAUAAUUUCUUUUUUAAGUAUUCUCAUAAAGCAGAUGUCUAGUAGUUACCAGAUUCUGCUUUUAAUUGCAGCAGCACAGUUUUCAGAUAAGCCCAUGCACCAAAACAAAGUGAGGAUUGCUAGUGGCUCCCAUCUGUGUCACCAAAACCAAAGUUAUCCAUUUUAGUUGGAAAUGCUGUUUUAAUUUGUUCUUUGGAGUGAAGAAGUGCUGGACCCACACAGGAAGUACACGYCAGUAGCUCAGUAACUGGCCAGGGCACACCUGGCCUGAGGACAUUCAGUGGGGCAUCUUUGGGAGGCUGGUGACAAACAAAAAGGUGCUUAUGCAGUGAUGUGUUGGGAGCUUUCCUCUAACACCAUCUCUGAUGUAUUUUCACAUACUGAUCCUUCUAAUAGUGGAAGUUUGCCUUGAGAUAUAGGGAUUAACAUUGCAGUAUUUUCCUGUGUUGCUGAGUUGGUUGCCCAUAUAGAAAUGAGCACAAUAUUUCUUUUGUCUUCUCCACAUUGAGGGAAGUCCUGCUCACUUCCAAGUGCUGAUGGUGUGUGUUCUAGAUUAUACUGAGCUAUUUGCAGUUAUUGUGCUUUCUAAAACAAAAGAAACCCUCUUUGCAUUUUAAUCYUUGAUUUAGUACUUGAUUUUCAUAUAAAAAAAUUAGGAUACUAAAGCACAAUGAUGUUAACAAUGCUUUCAGUGUGGCUGAGACUCUUGGUUUGGACUGUGAGGUUUAGGGCAUCUGUGUACGUAAAUCAAACCUCUGUGCCAGAACAGACUGAUUUGUCAUUCAUGUGGGAGUUGAAUAGUGCAGGUGCAAGUGUUUUCUUCUGAGGUAGGCUUUUGCAUUAACUCCACUCUUUGAGUGGAAUAUUCUGUUUCUUUAAUUUUUUUAAUUGGCUUUCUGAUUCAAGUGCAGWCCCUGUUAAUGAGGCUGUAAAUAACACAAUCAUUCGUCAGGUUACUUAUUUUAGCAAGCCCUGCCAUGUCAUGUGCCUCUCGCAAGUCCCUGAACACAUCAGCUACAGCCAUAAUCUUUGCAAAAUCACCUCCAGUGUUAGGACUGGUGCUUAAGCCAYUCACCAAGUAUGUGAGCUUCCCAGGUGGGAUUCAUCCUGCUCUGAGUAAGGAACUCUAGCACAAAUCAUAGUACCAUUUAAAGGUGAGGGACAUAAAUGUAUCACAAGGGUGAGAUAGGAAAGCUGUGGGCUUGAAAACCAGCUUGAAAACUAUUGAAGCAGUUCUGGUUUAGAGGCAUGGCAAUGUAUUAGGAAAUCAUGAAGUCUACUACUACAGUGUGAUGGACAGUGCUCCUAUGCCUGCUGCCACUCCUGAGAGAGGAAUGGAGUAGCCAAAGAGGGAGUUAUGGAGCAGUGCUGAGGGAGAUCACUYGGAGCGACAGAGCAGUUGAAAACCUGCCACCACUACCUGCCUUGGCACCAUGCUGCAGCCCUGCAAAGCAAGCCUGCACCUAUUCAUCCUUUUGUUCCWGCUCAGCCUCAACCCACAUUCCCAAAUGACAGGAAAAAUAAUAUUGCAAUUAUAUAUUUGAAAUCCUAACCUGAGUAAAAGCAGCAGGGCAGGGAUGACAGCCUGGGGCCUUGAUCCUCCUUUAUUCACCCAGAUUUUUWCAUCUGCUGACUUCAAAGGAGAUAGUGCUGAUUUACACAGAGGUAGGUAYGAGACCAUGAAUCUUCACUUUCCAAAGAGUCAAACCCAAGUGAAGCACGAGCCCCUGUGAGAACAGCUCAGACUUCCCAUUAAAUCAUGUCUUUGGAGAAAGCACUUUAGCUGCUAGCAAAACUGCAGUUUCUCAUGAGCUGUUUCCCAAGGCCAGCACAGGUGUGUUUUAAAAUGUCUGGUUCUUUUAAAAUGUAUGGCUCAAUAACAUUCUUCUUGGGUGAAUUGUUCAGGCAAUGCUUUGCUGUUUCCUCCAAGCAGUGUGGGAACAAUUCUCUUAGCAGGUGCUGCAUUACUUUUGUAAAAAUCAUCAGAGUGGCAGAUAUACAAUUUAUUAUAUAAUACUCUAGAACAAGGCUAUUGUUCUUGGACUUCCAUUUAAAAAUGGAUAAUAGCUAAAAGUUUAGAAGUCUGCUUCCUCUAACUGUCCCAACUUAUAUAGUUAUUUGAAAUCAUGGAGAUGUUUCCUUUUAAGGAAUAUCACCUCAUUUCUUGUUAAUACAUACAGACAGAUAGUAAUGAGGAGUAUCACUAAAAAACAUGAAUCCAUAGAAUAGCUACUAAUCAAGCCUUUAAAAGGCAGCAAAUGGAAGUUUUGUGUUUUGUAUAAUGUUAGUCAUUGAACAGCUAAAAAAAAAAGCUGUAGCUUUUUAGAUCACUGAAACAUAUAAAAAAUUACAGCUAAUUGCUACAUGACAGGAUGGAAAAAGUUUUCAUUAGCAUUUUUUUAUUUCACCUUCAUUUUUAUUUUACUUGGAAAACAGACAGUUGUAC